AAUCUUCUCGCAUCUAUCCAAAGUGAAAAACCAAACAAAAUCCAGCGACACAAAUAAGGACCCAUUAAAAUCCCCAUUAUAACAUGCUUAGAAUACAAAAGCCGACAGGCCAGAAGGUGGGCCGUCUCAUCUGUAUCGGUGAUCUCACCUUUGCUCGGUUCCAGACCUUCCUAAACUCGUCUUAAUGGUGGUCAACGCUUUCUGAGAGAGGAUUACUUGACCCCAAGUGGUUAAAUUCAUAGUAAAGAAGGAAGAUUGUCCUUUUUCUAUUGGGAACUGAGACUCGGGCUUCUUUUGCUUACAAACUGAAGCGAUUUCUUCUCUCCUGCUGAGUAUUAGAGGCUGUCGGGAUUAUGGUGAAGAUUGCGGCAAGUUUCUGGUGAUUAUGGGUAGGAUGGGUGGUCAGAAGAGCUACUCUGCAUUGCCUGGGGACUAUAAGUUGCUUGAAGAAGUUGGCCAUGGUGCAAGUGCUGUAGUUUAUCGGGCAAUCUACUUGCCUUUUAAUGAAGUUGUUGCUGUCAAGUGCUUGGAUCUCGACAGAUGCGGCAGUAACCUUGAUGACAUACGAAGGGAAGCUCAAACCAUGAGUUUAAUAGACCACCCUAAUGUUAUCAGGGCCUAUAGUUCUUUUGUUGUUGAUCAUAGCCUUUGGGUUGUUAUGCCUUUCAUGGCAGAAGGUUCUUGCUUGCACUUGAUGAAGAUAGCUUAUCCGGAAGGAUUUGAAGAAGCCGUUAUUGGUUCUGUUCUUAAGGAGACACUUAAGGCUGUGGAGUAUCUACAUCGACAUGGUCACAUUCAUCGUGAUGUGAAGGCUGGAAAUAUCCUUCUUGAUAGUGAUGGUGGGGUUAAGCUUGCAGACUUUGGAGUGACAGCUUGCAUGUUUGAUAGGGGUGACAGGCAACGUUCGAGAAAUACAUUUGUUGGGACCCCAUGUUGGAUGGCACCUGAGGUUUUGCAACCAGGUAGUGGAUAUAAUUUCAAAGCUGACAUUUGGUCAUUUGGAAUAACUGCAUUGGAGUUGGCACAUGGGCAUGCUCCCUUCUCAAAGUAUCCUCCAAUGAAGGUUCUUCUGAUGACCAUCCAAAGUGCUCCUCCUGGACUUGAUUAUGAUAGAGACAAAAGAUUCUCAAAGUCUUUUAAAGAAAUGGUUGCCAUGUGCUUGGUGAAAGAUCCAAUGAAGAGGCCAACAGCGGAAAAGCUAUUAAAGCAUUCCUUUUUUAAACAUGCAAAGCCUCCAGAGGCAACAGUGCCAGGUCUUCUAGUUAACUUGCCGCCACUAUGGGAACGUGUCAAAGCUCUCCAGCUUAAGGAUGCUGCACAGUUAGCAUUAAAGAAGAUGCCUUCAGCGGAAGAAGAAGCAUUGUCACAGGAUGAGUAUAAGCGAGGUGUAAGUGCAUGGAAUUUUGAUGUUGAGGAUUUGAAAUCCCAAGCUGCACUGGUUCAGGAUGAUGAUGAUCCCUCAGUUUUGAAGGAAGAAGACGAAGAUUUAGGACCACUUGUAAAUGAUAGGGUCUUCUCUGUAUCUAAAUCUGGCGCGGGGAAGUCAAUAUCAACCAAUGACCUUUAUUGCAAAGGAAAUAUCGAUGGAGCUGGAUGUCUAGAUAGCAGGUGCUUUGGUGCAAGGGAGGAAAAUUCAGAAUCAGAGUCGCCUGCAGCUGAAAAUUUGGAGCAAAGAGAUGGUCGUGAAAAUGGGUCAAUAAAUGAUCCUAUUCAUUCUCUCUCAAAAAGGGAUCCUGAACAAAGCAACUCUCGGAAUCAAUUAUUCAAGCACCGCCAAACUCACAGUGGGCCUCUGAUGCCCAUUCGGGUAUUAAGCAUGCCCUCUUCAGAGAGGGGCCGCUUCUCUGAGAGAGAUGAGGGUGAUUAUCCAUCAGCUAUGGAGAGAGGUUGCAAGCAUGAUGGGCGCAAGGAACCAAACCUUAGUGGCCCACUGAUGCUUCCAAGUCGUGCAUCUGCAAAUAGUUUGUCAGCACCGAUAAGAUCAUCAGGUGGUUUUAGAGAGGGUUUGGAUGAUAAAACCAAGGCAAAUGUUAUACAAAUUAAAGGUCGGUUUUCAAUUACAUCUGAAAAUGCUGACCGUGUCAAGGAUAUUCCAUUGUGCUCUGUUUCUCGAAGAUCCUCCCAGGGGUCUCCUCUAAGGAAAUCUGCGAGCGUGGGCGAUUGGCUGGUGGACACUAAGCAAACGCGACCCAAAGAAGCUAGCAAUUUGCCGAUACCCGUGUCGGUCCUCAUUCCACAGCUUCAGAAUCUUUUCCAGCAAACUAUUUUCCAGCAAGAUCUUGUAGCAAACUUGUUGCGCACUGUACAGCAAACAGAGUUGGUUGAAGGUGGGAAAUGGGCUCCACCUACUCAAAGUUUGGGCAGUGAUUCUUCAAAUGAUCCAGCAGUCUCUGAAAGGGAGCGAUUAUUGUCAGUCAAAGUUGCAGAGCUUCAAAAUAGGAUGAUAAAUUUGACGGAUGAACUCACAGCUGCAAAGCUGAAACAUGUACAGUUACAGCAGCAGCUGACUGAGGCCCAUGGCCGCGAAGAAGAUAGGAUUAGGAAAGAAGAAAAGGAGUACAGUUGAUAUAUGCACCCAGUAAAUUAUUUGUAAAGAAAAUCAUCCACUGCUGUGUUGAUGGUAGCCUUAAAAUCGAGGUUCUCUCUCUCUCUCUCUCUCUUGAUAAGGUGGUCCUCACCUACUAGUUCCCUAGUUGCAGAUUGCCUUGACUACAUGGUAUAGUUCUAUCCAAGCCUGGAAAAUAGGGCAAGGAAGUACUCUAAGCUUCUUGGGUUUAUGAUUCUUCCCUACUAUUCAUUGAGGGACUCAGCCAAGUAGCUCUGCAGCCUUCACAGAAGAUAAAUAAUUGUGAGAGCCUGUUUGAGCCAGCAAUCAGCGUUUGAGGUCUCAAGUCAUCUCUGUGAUAUAUGUUGAUUCUUUGGAAUCUACACCGUACUUGCGAUUGUAAUGUUGGUGUUAUUGCAUAUGACAUUUCCUAAUGAAGGUUUUUUUAGGUUUAGUUUCUGUCUUGUGGCACAUGCAGUCAAGCUUGAUGUAUUUAUUUGUAUGGAUUAGUUUGAUGGUUCAGGGAAGUGCUUUUUUAGAUUUAGUUUUCCGUGUCUCGUGGCACAUGCAGUCAAGCUUGAUGUAUUUAUUUGUAUGGAUUAAGUUGAUGGUUCAGGGCUGCUUUGAUAUAAUCGGUUGUUUAGGGCUUUGAGAUUGUUUUCA